GCAAACUCCCAUGCGGUACUGAUUCUCUCCAGUUUUUACUCGACCACCAAUUGUUCAAUAAAAACGCGAGAAGUAACGAAAAGACUUGGACUCUUGCCUGUCUUCUACUGCUACUUCUUCUUCACGUCAUUUUUUCUGGUAAUUUCUCAUAAAUUAAGCAAAAAUCCUCUUAUCAGAACUAUCCAAAACCAAGAAUUUCAAGCCCCAAUUUCAGUCUCCCCUCUGCAAUUAUAGUUUAGAGUGUGCUCAGAUGAAUAAUAAUACGACGUCGCAGUUUAUGGACAAGCAGAUCAUGGAUCUAUCCAAUCCUCAGACCAACAAUAACAACAGUAACGAAGAUUUCAUCGAUUUUAUAAACCGCCCAUCGGAGGAUCAUAAUCGGAGAAAAGAUGAUAUUGUUCCGAAUUACGAUUUCCAGUCGAUACGACCCACCGGUGGAUCAACAUCGUCGCCACGGCCUUGGUCUUUGAAUUUUGAUUCCGGAAAUGACGAUGCGCCGAUCAGGACAUGGAAUUCUUUGGAUUCUAAAACUAACUCCUCUUCCGUCAGAAACUAUAGUCCUCUUGGCCCCAUUGAACCUGCCAAAGACAUUAUAGAGAAGGAUCACAAUGUCAUCAAUGCGUCCUUGGUUUCUGAGAUUGAUAGAGCAAUGAAGAAGUAUGCUGAUAAUUUGAUGCAUGCAAUGGAUGGUGUCAGUGCACGACUAUCGCAGUUGGAGACAAGGACCUGCAACCUUGAAAACUCUGUGGAUGAUCUGAAGGUGUCUGUUGGAAAUAAUCAUGGGAGCACGGAUGGAAAAUUAAGACAGCUGGAGAAUAUACUUGGAGAGGUGCAAAAUUGUGUUCAGUUUAUAAAGGAGAAACAAGAAAUAGUUGAAGCUCAACUGCAGAUUGCUAGGCUGCAAGUUUCCAAGGUUGAACAGCAAGUUGAAAACCCCAACACUGCACACACUGAUUCUACCCAGCCAGGAGCAUCUGCUCAUCAGCAUCAAUCUCACCAGCAGCUUUCUGCAGUUCCUCUUACACAGCCACCUCCAACCUUAUCUUUACCUAAUGCUCCUCCUCCACUCCCGCCUCAGCAGAAUCUACCACCUCAUGUUCAGCUUCCGAACCAGUAUUCUCAAAACCAAGUUCCUUCUGUCCCUCAGAGCGAGCCUUACUUCCCCCCACCUGGCCAAACUCCAGAAAAUCCAAGCCAGCAGUACCAAACACCUCCAGUGCAGCCACAGCAGAUCGCCCCUCCAUCACCACCACUACAGCAACAAUAUCUGUCACCUCCUCAGCAACACUAUUCUCAACAAGCCCCUCCUCCUCAACAACAGUACUCUCAACAAUCUCCUCCUCAACCACACUCAACAAUUCCCCCUGUCAAUAUCUCUCAACCUCAGAUGCCAUUGGGUCGUCAUCCUGAAGAAACACCUUAUAUACAGCCACCUACUUACCUACCAACCAUUCGCCCACCUGGGCCACCUCUCUCUCAUCCCUCCAGUGGAGCUACUCCUUCACAACAGUUUUACGGACCUCCACCCAACAUGUACGAGCCUCCAUCCAGCAGACCAAAUUCAGUAUAUUCUGGUUCUUAUGAUCUGUCAUCCAGUCCGGUAGAACCGUAUUAUAGUGGCUCACCUUCACGUUAUGGCAGUGGCUCCCCUGUGAAACCGCAGCAUCAUUCUUCUUCUAUGUUAGGCCAGGGUGUUGCAAGUGGUUAUCCACAACUGCCUACUGCUCAAAUAUUACCUCAGGCGCUGCCUACAGCCUCUGGAGUUGGUAGUGGGUCCAGUUCUACGGGUGGUGGAAACAGGGUUCCUGUUGACGACGUGGUUGACAAAGUGACAAGUAUGGGAUUUUCAAGAGAACAAGCAAGGGAAACUGUCCGAAAGUUGACAGAGCGUGGACAAUCAGUCGACUUGAAUAUAGUGUUGGACAAGUUGAUGAACGAGGGAGAUGGCCAGGGUCCACGAGGUUGGUUUGGUCGGUAACAAGUUCCUUCUGCCACUAUUAGUUUGUGAAUGAGUUUGCUGGAAGGAGACAAUUGCCCAAUAUUUGAGAUUUUCUUGUAACUGUGUUUUCAUUUUCCUAUUUUUUUGUUGCUUGAAUCCGUUUUUUAUAUCAUUGUUUGUUCCUUCCGUUUUAAAUCUUUACUAUGCUUUAAGAGUAUAUAUGCUUGAUUGCCCUUU